AUGGCGCCACCUCCGCGUCGGUUCCACCCGUACCUACAUGCUCCAUGGAAUCCUCCACGCCUUAAGUCGCCGCCGGCGCAGGGCCUCCCCCAGCCGCAGCUUCAGCCACCAGCGCGGCCACCUGCGCAGCAUCCGCCUCCGUCGCGGCCUCAGCAACCUACGCCUCCUCCACCGGGUUUCACCGGCGCAGCCUCCUCCGCCGGCGCGGCAUCCUUCACCGACGCGUCCUCAUCCACCCGUGCAUCCUCCUCCACCGGCGCGGCCUCCUCCACCGGCGCUCUCCCAGCCACCUGCACAGCAUCCUACACCGGCGCGUCCUACUCCAACAGCGCAGGAGAUCAUAUUUUGGUGUGCCCACCUCUGAAUUUAAACAUCCGCCACCGACGCGUCGUCAGCCACCCGCGCAGCCUCCUCCACCGGCGCGGCAUCCGCCACCGACGCAUCCUCAGCCACCGACGCAUCCUCAGCCACCGGCGCGGCAUCAACCACCGGCGCUCCCUCAGCUAUCCACGCGUCCUCCUCCACCGGCGCUCCCCCAGCCACCUGCGCAGCCUAAUCCACCGGCGCGUCCUCUGCCACCGGCGCUCCCUCAGCCACCUGCGCAGCCUACUCCAACAGCGCGUCGUCCGCCAACGAUAUUUUGGAGAAUCAUAUUAUAUUAUCAAUGGCAUAAGCAACGUCUUACUAGAAAAUCAAUCUGCUAUGUUUGAUUUAGAUGAGGAUAUCAGUGAUGAUGGAGACGACUAUGUGAGCGAGGACGACGACUAUGUGAGCGAGGAGGAUGACUAUGUGAGCGACAAAGACGACUAUUUUAUUUUCAGAGACCCAUACAUGAGCGAUGAUGAAGCAUUGCUCAUCGAAGAAGAUGAGUAUGAUGAGAAGAAAGAAAUCAUAGUAAGAGGUCCAGGAUUUCCAGGGUUUGAUCAGCCAUUUGACAAUUACUGCAUCUUUGGAAAUUUUGUUGAAUUGAACUUUCAUCAGAGAAUGACUCUUAGAAAUUUCACUGAAGUGUUACCAAGGCCAACCACUAAGGAGUACGUUUGCACACUUGACGAAACCAAUGUGACACCAUCUGGAGAGUGCUUCUUGGAGUUUACCGCGCAGUACACACGUUCCUUCCUGUUUAAGUUCAUGAUGGACAGUCACUGCGUAAGACUUGGAAUCACAGCAAGAGCACAAGAAGUCAGUGUGGCUGUUUGCACACCUACAAGUAAUUUAAAGAAGUACUGUCGGAUGAAGUUGCAAGAUUCUGGGAAGACUAUGAUCUACAACAAGUCGUGGACAUAUGCAGUGAAGGCAUUCAAUUUAAAGGAGGGAGAUGUUUGCAUGUUUACGUUCAUAGAUGACAGGGAAGUUCCAGUGCGCCGGAGAGAUCCAUUCUCAUGGUUGAGGAUGGAGAUCCUGAAGCUUGAGGAAGAGUAAUGAGGGACUAGCUGAAGUGUUCUUCUUGUCUGAAUGUUGCUGGUUGUACUGAAUCUGUUUU